UCUAACCACAGCCAUCAUGCCCAGGGGACAAAAGAGUAAGGCCCGUGCUCGCGCGAAACGCCGCCAGGUCCAAGAUGAGGUCCAGGGGUCCAAUGAUGCUCAAGCAAAGGCAGCAGAGAAAGAAGAGUCACCCUCCUCCUCUGCUUAUGAUCCUGGAGAUGCGGUUGCAAGCACGUCUACUGCUAGCUUCCCUCCGAAGUCUAAGUCUCAGGGCAAGGCACCUACCAUCACCGCUGGUAAAGGUGCGACCCGAGGAAGAUCUGGUAAAGGUGCCAGGGGCCAAAGGGAGCAAAAUCCUAGUUGCUCUGUGGUCUCACAGUCCACUGGGAGCCCCCAGAAUGAUCUUCUAACAAGGAAGACGGGAAUGCUGAUGCAGUACCUGCUUUGCAAGUACAAAAUGAAGCAGCCAAUGAAUAAGGGAGAAAUGCUGAAAAUUAUCAACAGACGAUUCAAGGAGCACUUCCCCGAGAUCCUCAAGAAAGCCUCUGAGCGCUUACAGCUUGUUUUUGGACUUGAAGUGAAGCAAAUCAAGCCCAAUAGUAGCUACUACACCCUUGUCAGUAAGUUAGACCCCAGCAUUGGGACUCUGACCACUGGCUUGCCUUUUCCCCAGAAUGGGCUUCUGAUGCCUCUGCUGGGUGUGAUCUUUCUAAAAGGCAACCGUGCCACUGAGAAAGAGAUCUGGGAUUUCCUGAAUAUUUUGGGAAUCUUUGAUGGGAAGGUGCACGUAAUCUUUGGGGAGCCCCGGAAUCUCAUCACCAAAGAUUUGGUUAAGGAAAAGUACCUGGAGUACCAGCAGGUAGCUAACAGUGAUCCUCCAUCCUAUGAAUUCCUUUGGGGUCCCCGGGCUCAUGCUGAAACCACCAAGAUGAAUGUCCUGAUGUUUUUGGCCAAGGUCAAUGAGACCAUUCCUCAGGCCUUCCCAUCUCAUUAUGAAGAGGCUUUGAGAGAUCAGGAAGAGAGAGCCCGAGCUCAAGCUGUAGGCAGGAGUGGCACUACUGACUAAGAUAAGGCAGAGUAGAAAGUCACAUCUAGUGACUCUUCUUGCUCCUAGAGAAAUAAAAGGUAGAUACAGCCUUAGGUUUGGAGCAGAGUUUCCCAACUUAAAAGUAAUGAGAGGCUGAUAGUUCAUAAUGUGUCUCUUCUUGUGCUUUGGUUAUACAUUAGUAUUUUUCAAGUUCCCUUUUCUUGAAGCCCUUAUUUAGAUUCAGAGUCAAUAGUUAUAAAUGACAUAGGUCAUAGUAUUUUUUGCUGGAAGAUUUAAGUGUAAGAACUUUGGUAUUCUCUAUUACAUGUUAAAAACCCUUGAAUCUUUAAGUUGAAGAGCAAGCAGCCGUGAAUUUGUAAUGGAUAUUUUCCUCAAAUGUGUGAAAGAGUGUAAUUUGUUUCG